GUGAAAAGUUUGAGGGCGCUUUUGGCAUCGGCUGGCAGGAGAGAGUACGCGGCUCCCGACGUUUUUACGCACCGUGCGUCUGUGGAUGCGAACAGUACCCGAGAGAUUACUGGAAGACUCAUUUGUGGAAAACCCUCGCCGUAACCUGCCAACAUGAAUAAUGGAUCCAAUAAAAGUAUCGACCCGAGCUGCAUCGACAGCCCUCCAUUCGCCAUCGAAAUCAUCCGCGGUUUGGAUGUUUUCGGCAUCAUUUUGUACUCCAUCCUUACCUUCAUGACAGCUGUGUCCAUGCUGGUCUUUAUAGAGGAAUGCAUUUACCUUUAUAGGAAAGUGACUGCCAACAAGAAGUCCAUUAUCAUGUGGGUGAAUGGGGCAGCACCGGUGAUCUGCACCAUGUCGUGUCUGGGAAUGUGGAUCCCCAAAGCCAGCAUGUUCACUGACAUGUUCUCUGCCUGCUACUUUUCCAUUGUGGUGUUCAAGUUCCUGAUCCUGAUGCUGGAAGAAGUCGGAGGUGACGAGGCAUUCCUGAGGCGCGCCGGGAGACACAAGCUGAAGAUCAGCACGGGGCCUUGUUGCUGCUGCUGCCUCUGUCUGCCACAUGUGGCCAUCACACGGCGCUCUCUCUUCCUGCUCAAACUGGGCUCCUUCCAGUUUGCUCUCCUCAAGAUUGUCUUCACCAUCCUCUCCAUUGUCCUCUGGACAAACAAGAACUUUGACCUCUCUGACUUGAGCAUCACUGGAGCUGUAAUGUGGAUCAACCCAUUCGUGGGCGUCUUGACAAUCAUAGCGCUGUGGCCUGUAGCAAUCAUGUUCAUGCACUUGAGGACUGCCCUGCGAACAAUCAAGAUCGUCCCCAAGUACGCCAUGUACCAGCUGGUGCUGAUCCUGAGCCAGCUCCAGACAGCCAUCAUCAACAUCUUGGCUCUGAACGGGACCAUCGGCUGCGCUCCACCUUUCUCCUCCGCCGCCAGAGGAAACCUGUUGAGUCAGCAGCUGUUGAUCCUGGAGAUGUUCAUCAUCACGCUGGUGACUCGGCUGCUGUAUCGGCGACAGUACGAGCCUUUACCGGCGGAGGACCAGGGCGAUGACAAUGAAAACACCAAGAUGGUCAUAGUGCCGGAGUCUGCGUGAGAACUGAAUGUGUGUGUGUGUGUGUGUGUGUGUGGGUGUGUAUUUGGUGUGUGUGUGUGUGCUGUUUUUACUUUCCUGCAGGUAUCUCAUUAGAAAACAUUUAUGUUAAUAUGAACAGAUUUCACUUCAGAACUCUCAGGUUACACGUUAUUCUGUGGGAAAAAAAAAGUGCAUUCCAUGAAAGCUGAGGCUUGUUCAACAGAUUUGAACAAGCAAAGACUUUGUCUUCUUUGUUAUUCACUACUCCCUCGGCCUCAAAAAUCUACCGUCCCUCCUUUUAUCAGAAGUAACCUACCGCAGUUGUUUAGCAAUAAUGUCCAUUAGUGGGAUUCACAUCUGUAAUCCUGCAUUCCUUCUUUUUGACACGUUGCUCUGUGAAUUUUCCAUCUGCUUCAGACUAUUGUCCUCUAGAUAUAACUACUUUCAGUAGCUUGUCCUAAUUAUCUUGAACUAUUUCUCUGGACACCUGUGCGCUUGUCUCUUCUGAUUGGAAACGCGUGAACUUUGACACCAACAACUGUAAGAGUCAUCUAAAGAUCCCGUGAGUAAUGCUUUGGAGUUUGAUCAUCUGGGAGCCUUGUUUCUAAUUAUAGGAAUUAGAAAAUGUCACGAAUGUUGCGGUGUACUUCCCUUUUUCUAUAUUUCUGGCCUGCAUUUUUUUUAAUUAACUGUGUAAUUCAAUACAUAACCAAUGGAAUCAGGGUUGGAUUAUCUUUUCUCCCUCUAUAUCUCUGUUGUAUAUUGUAGUAUUUUUUUAUUUUUUAUUUUAAAGGUCUGUAAUUUCAAUAUGAUUUCAUCAGAGUGCUGUCUAAUCAAAAGCUGAACAGAGCAUGUUUCCUCUCUUGCUCCCAGAACAAAAUCAGGUGAAUGCUGGUCUUACACCUGUCUGUGUAUCUGUAUAAAGCAUCGAAAGUCUGUCAAAAAACAAGCAAAGUAAACAUUUGUAAUAAAGACUUCAGAAACUGUACAAACUCUGCGUGCAGGGAGACUGUUCGUUUAUUGACGUCAGAGGAAGAUUAUGCAGGUUUGUCCUCUUUUUAAAUCUCGAAACAAGGCUUUUACACUUAUUUAUAUCAUUUAUCUCUUCUUUUUGUGCAAUCAUUGAUGCAUUAUGAUAAACUGCAUUUUUCUUCCUUCCUUUGUAACCACCACUGGACCUGUAAUGUUACUAUCCUUAUGUUCACUGUGAGCAUUUUAAAUUGAUGAGGUUUCAAACUCA